UGGAUAACUAUAGUUUGAUAUAUAUUUGUAUCCCUGCCCCUAUCUCUGAGUCUAAACACCUUGUGUGUGCCCAUUGUGUCCUGCACUAGUACAUAAAUCACCCACAUAACUUGGGACUGGUCAGACAGGUUUCAAGUUGUUUCCAAUAAAACACUGGGGGAGGGGAGGAGUCCUUAAAAAACAAAUGUAGUCAGUGAGCGUAUCAUUCAGUCAUAGAAUUCAGUCAUCUACCCUGAGCUCAGAUAGAAGUGUAGCUCUAUAGAACUAGACCUCAGAUAGAAGUGCAUCUCUAUAGAACUAGAUCUCAGAUAGAAGUGUAGCUCUAUAGAACUAGACCUCAGAUAGAAGUGCAUCUCUAUAGAACUAGAUCUCAGAUAGAAGUGCAGCUUUAUAGAACUAGACCUCAGAUAGAAGUGCAGCUCUAUAGAACCCGAUGAGCAGAAUGGCGUCGACCUCUGCUGACGUGCUGCCGACUGGCAGCCGGAUCUUCACCUCCAUCCCAGACAUCUUCUUCAUCCCUGAGUUUGUCUUCGGGGGUCUGGUAUGGACGCUGGUCGCCUCCACCCUUGUGGAUCCCACAGUUUCCGCAAACCCCUUGGGCUGGGUCAUGUUCGUCUCCAUCUUCUGCUUCGUCAUGACAACGCUCUGGUUCUUCAUCUUCGCCUGUGGAGCCAAUCAGGGUGGCAUCUGGCCCUCCUUGGAUGUGGCCUACCACUUUGUUGCCGUGCUGUUGUACCUGAGUGCGUCUGUGGCGCUGGCCUACGUCACCGUGAUGUUAGGAACUGUUGCAUCAGCUGUCCCCGUGCUGCCGCCCAGCAUCCUCAAGAUCUACCGCCUGGACAUCGCUGCUGUGGUGAUGUCUCAUCUCACCACACUGCUCUAUUUUCUACAUGCCAUCUUCUCUGCUCUGCGGUGGAAGAGCUCCUGAGGAAUGAAGAUCAACAAUGUUCAGACAGCCCUUGUUUAGAUUCGAAUCAAUUAAUCAGUUGAAGAUGAUAUGGUGAUAUAAUCCUAUUAGAUAUCAGCAUAGCAUACGAUCAGAAUACUAUACUGUAAAAAGUAGAGAACUUUAGGUUAUAGCUUCAGCAUCCUAAAUAUUCUGAGCAAAACAUGUUAUAUAAACUAUAUGAACCUCCCUGGAUACCCCGACCCUAACCCUCACCCUCGAACCCUAAUCUUCUUUCACUAACCCUCACCCUCUAUCCCUAAUCUUCUAUCACAAACCCUAAUCCUCUAUCCCUCACCCUCUAACCCUCACUCUCUACCCCUCACCCUCUAUCCCUAACUCCCUAACCCCAACUCUCUAACCUCCAACGGUCUAAACUAUUUUACUUGAUUAAAGUAACUAGAGAAGACAUUUUACAGUCCCCUCAACAGGUCGUCUUAGUUAGUUAGUUUAGACAGGGCUAGGAUUAGCUUCAGCUAGCCAUUUCAGUGAGUUAGUUUAGACCUGGGCUAGGGUUAGCUUCAGCUAGCCAUUUUAGUGAGUUAGUUUAGACCUGGGCUAGGGUGAGCUUCACCUAGCCAUUUCUGUGAGUUAGUUUAGACCUGGGCUAGGGUUAGCGUCAGUAGCCAUUUCAGUGAGUUAGUUUAGACCUGGGCUAGGAUUAGUCCAGGUCCCUUUUUUUAUGUUUCCGUUAAUAUUCGCAAAAAAAACAAAAACAUAUACACUUGACAUUUGAAUCUGAGAUGUGUAAUAAAUAUAUUUGAUAUUAA